CAAGUGCGGACAUACAGCUCGUGCUUUGCCAGGUUUAGUUGCGUCACACUUCUGGAUACAGAGUCCGGGCGGAGCACAGGAUUCUGGAAAACGACCUAGUAAAGCAACACUUGAUGCAACAAUUCUGUUUGUGAUACACAAAGACGCAUCUGGAUACCCGACCUAGCAUGACUGAAAACUCCUUGAGGUCGGACCCAGCAGAGUCGUCCAAGGCUGGAUACAAGUUCUACGCAUUUUUCCGUUCUCGCUCCCGUUCUCGCUCUCGUUCAAAGAGCGUCACCCCAACGAGCGUUCCACCACCCAUGUUAUCCAAGGUCGAAGCCAUAUCUAUCACUCAGACUCAGUCUCUCAGUUCAAGGCGUCCGCGUCUCUCAACAGAACAUAUACCCUCCAACAUUCCGCCGUCGAGCUACAUGUCAUCCCCAACCAAAUCCAUUGGCCGAUCUCAGUCCAGACCCAUAUCAUCUACUACGACUGCUACGCACUCUACGAUAGCCCCUCUUCCCUCCGACGCUUUGAGAAAAACGAUAAAUGGGCGCCAGGAGUAUGCUUCACGACAUGGAAAUGCUGCUGAUACCCACGAACUAAACCAGGAUCAUGAUGAGUACAGCGAAAACCGCGAACACGACAAUAUACAACAACUUCCGCCCCGAUCAGAAACACCCUCCUCUACUAAGCGGAAGUUAGGGCUCCACACACUAUUUGGUAUUACCUUAACACGGCGAUCAUCGUCUAGGUCAGCUCGCCGCCCGGCCUCAUUAUCCUCUGAGCGCAAGGCAUCAACUUCGACUCUGGUAUCCGAGUCCUCACGGAACGUUACCUCUCGUAGGCGGUCGUUGAGAUUGGGUUCCCGCCCUACUACCCCUAAAAAUAGUGACCAACCCUUUAGCCCAAAACAAUCCGGCCAUUUAAUCCCUGUGCCAUCGAACCCACUGCCUCUCUCAGCGAGCCCGCGCCGCCGAUCGUUUGGCCUGAACUCUCCUCACAACACUCCAAAAUCGUCUGUUGGUCAUUUACCCCUUCCUGUUGCGCAUGUACAGUCUCAUGGCAGGCGUCAUUCUGUCGGUGCACAUCAGACACCUCAUGACAGCGCUGUUGCACUUGCGGAGGACCAGCCCAAUAUUUCUAAGCACAGGCGGCCUUCGGUCGAAUUCGCAAUCAAGCCGAACAAAGGGAAAGAAAAGCAGAGUGGAGACUGGGAGCAGCCUCGGCCGAAUGCUACUCUGCAGGCUCCUGCUUCGGCAGCAAAGUCCAUCUCUCAGAGCUCAUUGGUAAACCCGCUUAUUAGUGGCCAUCGUUUAUAUUCCUCAAGCGCCAGUGACUGCAUGGAGUCUUUAUGGGGUACACGGCCUCGUGUCCAGCAUCUCCCAACUGUGGAGUCCUAUAUCUGACGAAACCGGAGGGCUGCCACUCUUAGCCCCACGUCCAGUGCACGCCAUUCCAAAGAUAAUUCAUACCCCGCCUACUCCACAGCGACCGGGAGAUUCAAGUACUCCUUUGAGACCCAAUACCACUCCACCAAAGGUUGAUUCGAGUAAAGUCAAAAUAUCCCAAGGAAAAACGAGGAGCGUACCCAGAGAAGAGCUUUUGUCAU